AUGUCGCCCAUCUUUGCUCGACGCCUCAGCAAGGCCCCACCCUCCCUCGACCGCUUCGCCUCCUUUCGACGUCUGCUCGCCACAAUCUGCACCCCUUCCACCACGCAGCAGAUCGAAUCCACCGCGACCCACCACAUGGCCCACUCAAUCCGUGCCCAACACCUCCAUUCCCUUUCCCCUCCUAAACCCAUGUCUUUGACUCGUCAAGUAGGCCUACAUUUAGAUGUGAUCGUGCACGUCCGUCGUAACGUCCUUGCUUCCAAGGAUGCGAGCCGGUGGGAUCCCGUCAAGGCCGGGUUCCACUCGGGUGUUUCGGUCGUCAGAGACUUGGAACAAGUUGGUUCCUCGAUCGUCGGGUUGGAGGCUCGACCUUCGAGCGCGGUCGUGUCUACACUCGAGGGUUUUCGACCACUUUUACCGACUGAAGCACGUCAUGUCGGAUCAAGCGUCGCUUCUGGUCCCAUCCUAGGCCUAGGCACCUCAUCAUCCCGAUCCAAGCGCGCGUUGACUCCUUUCGCGGCGCGCGCGCCAUCGGGUUUCCUCCACUCCCGCCUCUACUCGACCAAAGCGCUCUCGACUAAAGCGCUCUACGUCGCCAAAACCGUCGACUUCGUCACCAAUCUCAGCCAAACCUACGGCCUCGAUCGUCCCGUCCCCUUGCAAGAGAUCAUGUCUCAAAUGCGGGACAUCCAACUCUUGCAAUCUUACCAAGAGACCAAAGCCGUCAGUGCGAGGGGGUUCAAGGAUGCUGUGAGGGCGCUUUAUCCCCUUUGGCAUCGCGUUGAUCAAUCCGGGGGCAAGGAGGUGGUGAGGAUGAAGGAUUUGGUCGGGGUCCUUUCACCGUGUUUUACGGUGCCCUGGGCCGAGAUUGCGCACAUUUUGAACAAAGGCAAGGCGUCCAAGUUGUCGUGUAUGAACAAGGAGCAGAAGACCUGUGUUCUUUUCAUGAGGAUCUACAAGUGAGUAAAAUAUUUUGAACUUCCACUGUUCUAGCUUUCGAAAAUUGACAGGUUCACAACACUGUUUUGCAUCCUGUUUUAACAGCAUCGGACGUGCUCGAGCGAAGCAGUUCUACGCCGCCGGCGCGCGUACGCUCGAGGAUUUGCUCAAGCUCCACGAGUUGGGGACCAUCAAGUUGCAAGAAUCGCAGAUCAUCGGGAUCAAACUUCUUGAUGUGAGUGAGGAAGACUUGCUUCCGCCUUGAGAUGAGGCGAGAGACUGAAGAGCUCUUUGUCUCCUUCCCUUCGUACAGGACUUUGAGCGUCUCAUCUCUCGCUCGGAGAUGGACGAACUCAAAGCCCGAAUCGAAGAUUGUCUCAAGUCAAUCGUUACGGGCGACGAAAAGCUCUUCGAGGCGGAGCUUCUCGGCUCCUACCGUCGUGGUCUCGACUUUGCCUCCGACUUGGAUCUUGCAGUUCGCCACCCUUCUUUCACGGACAGCGAGGACAAAGAAAAGGCGAGAAGAUUGCUCGAUAGGAUUGUGGAAGCACUGGAAGCGAGCGGGUUAUUGGCGAAUCAGUACAGGCUCGCUCAUGGAGACAAGAAGUAUAUGGUGCGUCGUUUUUCUCGAGAUGAGCUCGGGGAAGCCGGGGAAGCCGGUACAUUACAAUGAUUGGUCCGCUGAUCCCUUAUUAUCCUCUGUUUUCGGUCACUCCAGGGGCUGAUCAAGCUGAAAGAUGAGCAACACUACCGACGCAUCGACAUCCGACUUGGUCCAUACGACUCGUACCCUUACAUGCUCCUCGGUGGAUCAGGUGACGCCUUGUUGAUGAAACUGAUGCGACACCGCGCCAAAGCUCGCGGGAUGUGCUUGAACGAGUACGGGAUGGGGGAUAAGGUGAGCUCGGGUAUUAGACCUGUCAGUUACUCCUCUCCGGACGGGAGGAAGAGACGCUGACGUGGAGUCAUUUCUCCUUUGCUCAUAGUUUGAGAAAGAAGAUCAGGUGGGUCUAGGAAAGAUUUUAGUCGCCGUUCUGCUGCGCCUACUGAUUCGAAGCCCGCUCGCAGAACCCGAACGGCUUCCGGCCUGGCACCAUGCGCAUCGUGACGAACGAGCGAGAGAUCUUUGACUUGCUGGGCGUACCUUACGUAAGUCCUCAUCAUGUGCUCCAAUCUUAGUCAAGAUUCACAUCUAAUCAUGAGUCGCUCCCCUUUCCAGCUUGAGCCUCACGAGCGAGAGUACUCGCACUGGCGUCAAAAGUACAUCGACGCCGGGAUUGACUUGGCAGCCAUCAACUGA